AUGGCGACCAACGCGACAGGAUGGGCACAGCUACGGCAGCAGGCAAGAGCGCAAGAGACACAAACAGAAACGCUCUUCCACUCAUACGCCCAGUUCGCCUCGAAAACAGACCUAGAAGCCAAGCCCAGCGACGAAGAAAAGAAACUCGAAGACCAGCUCAACGAGAUCCUCGAAAAGCGAUCCUCCCUCCUCUCCCAACUCGCCCGCGUCCUCGACUCAGAACCCACCCCCUCAGCCCUCAAAUCCACCAACCUCGCCCGACACCGCGAAAUCCUCACCCAACACCGCACCGAGCUCUCGCGCCUCAAGUCGCAAAUCUCCCACACCCGAGAACGCGCGAACCUCCUGUCCAAUGUGCGAAACGAUAUCGAUGCCUACCGGUCGGCGCAGAACCCCGAAGCGGCAGAAGCGGAGUAUAUGCUGGAUGAGAGGAGGAGGUUGGACAAUAGCCACAAUGUGGCGGAUUCGGUAUUGAGCCAGGCGUAUGCGGUCAAUGAGAGCUUUGGACUGCAGAGGGAGAGCUUGACGAGUAUACAGAGAAGGAUUACUGGUGCUGCGGCUCAGAUACCCGGCAUCAACAGUUUGAUGCAGAGGAUAGGAAGCAAGAAGCGGAGAGAUGGGAUUAUACUGGGCUCUUUCAUUGCGAUAUGUUUCUUGGUACUUCUAUGGCUGUGGUAA